UCUUUUGGAUAUAAACUUCGUGUUUCAUGGACUUUGGACUGUCAUUGACAUCUUACAAAGAAAACAAGCUACAAAAAAAUCCUGAUAUGAUUUUGAGUCACUGCAUUAUACCAAUUGCAAAAGAACGAUGAACUCUACAAUGCUUCAAUACAGCGCCCAAGACAGAUUUAUGGAAGCUUUUGUCAGAAAUAUCAUCUUCGUUCUCUUUGGGAUCAUAAUUAACUUCAUCAAUGGAGUGUUUGUGUUUACAUUUUUUAGGAGUUCAAUUUUCUACAGUGAUCCAAGAUAUAUAUUAUAUAUUCACUUGGUUAUCAAUGAUAUGCUUAUGGUUUUUUUCAGUGUCACUCUUUCUGUGAUGGCUUAUGCAUGGCCGAAGGUUCCUUUCUCGUUCUGUGUCAUUCUGCUAAUAAUAACUGCUACUACUAAUAACAACACUCCUCUGACUUUGGCCGGUAUGGCCGUUGAGCGUUACAUUGCCAUCUGCAAACCACUGCAUCACCAUCAGAUCUGCACAGUUCGCAGGACAUAUAUCCUCAUCUAUCUGAUUUGGGGUGUCAGCGUUUUACCUGGACUGACUGACUUGAUUGUCAUAGUAGUUGCUCGUCCUUUAGCUGUCUUUACUACUGCUACUCUCUGUAGUUCAACAAAUGUGUAUAACACACCAUACCAUGAAGAACUGAGAAAAGUUAUAAAUGGCAUAUACUCCUCUGUUGUGUGGGUAAUUAUUGUAUUCACAUAUUGUCGAGUGCUGAUUGCGGCCAGAAGAGCCUCCGCUGAUAAAUCCUCUGCAAAAAAGGCCCAAAGCACCAUCCUGUUACAUGGAGCUCAGCUUCUGUUCUGUAUGUUGUCCUACAUUACUGCUGUCAUAGACAAGAUUUCUGCUCAACUUCCAAUAGAUGAUCGGAAAAAAGUGACCAUUCCUAAUUAUUUUGUAACAAACUUAUUGCCGCGACUGCUUACUCCCCUGAUUUACGGUGUUAGAGAUAAACUUUUUUGCAAUCACAUGAAAAGGAUUUUUGCAUGUAAAAUACUUCUUGUAAAGGUUGAAUCAACUAAACAGUGAGCAAAAGGUUUUUUUGUUUUC